AUGUCUACCGAAGUCCCGUCAUCAGCUUCGGCGGCUACGGCGCCAACCUUCGCGUCAUUGACAGAAGAAGAGAACGAGACAAUCAAAAUGGCUUUCGACCUUAGCUCCAACCUCCUCCAAGCUUCCGGUACCCAAAUCAGCAGCCUCACCAACUACAUGGCCCCCCUGCUCGCGGGCCAGAUAUUCAACGGCGAUAACGUCGAGAAUGAACAGCUAAGAUUGAUCCUGAGGGGUUAUAAGAGUGGGAAGGAGGCGUUUGGGGAGCUGGAGGGGUUGAGAGAGGAGAUUAGGAGAAUUGAUGAGAAGACUGGGAGGGCUUUGUCGUCGUGCUGGGGGAGUCGAGUGGCGGAUUCGGUCAAUGAGGCUACGAAAGAUGACUCCGAUAGUUGGGAUUCGGAUUCGGAGUCGACUUCGGAUGAUGUCGAUAAAGAUGAGCGCGUGCCGAGGAAGCGCCGGCGUUAUGAUCCAGCAUUGACGUCGUCAACUUCUGGUCCUGUCUAUAGCGUGUAG